GACUCUCCCCCCAUUUUUUUUUUUUUUUCUUUUUCCUUUUUUUCUUUCCCCUUAUUUCGCCUGGUGCCCUUUUCCCAUCUCUUCGCUCUCUCCUCGAUCCAUCCCCUCUCCUUCCCGGAAACCCUAACCCUAAUUUCGUUCCCGAUCCCUCAUAAACACUACGCCCUCUUCCGCCCCUUUCCCCGAAACCCUAACCCUAGCCCCCUUCGGUCGUCGUCGUCGUCUGUCGUCUAAGCCAUGGGGAACACGGAGAAGCUGAUGAACCAGAUCAUGGAGCUCAAGUUCACCUCGAAGAGCCUCCAGCGCCAGGCGCGCAAGUGCGAGAAGGAGGAGAAGGCGGAGAAGCUCAAGGUGAAGAAGGCGAUGGAGAAGGCGAACAUGGACGGCGCCCGCAUCUACGCCGAGAACGCCAUCCGCAAGCGCACCGAGCAGAUGAACUACCUCCGCCUCGCCUCGCGCCUCGACGCCGUCGUCGCCCGCCUCGACACCCAGGCCAAGAUGCAGGCCAUCGGCAAGUCCAUGGGCUCCAUCGUCAAGUCCCUCGACUCCGCCCUCGCCUCCGGAAACCUCCAGAAGAUGUCCGAGACCAUGGACCAGUUCGAGCGCCAGUUCGUCAACAUGGAGGUGCAGGCCGAGUUCAUGGAGGGCGCCAUGGCCGGCUCCACCAGCCUCUCCACCCCCGAGGGCGAGGUCAACAGCCUCAUGCAGCAGGUCGCCGACGAUUACGGCCUCGAGGUCUCCGUCGGCCUGCCGCAGCCCGCUGCCCACGCCCUUCCCGCCAAGGAGAAGGAGAAGGUCGACGAGGACGACCUCUCCCGCCGCCUCGCUGAGCUCAAGGCUCGCGGCUAGGAUCAACAAUACCUCUUUUAAGCAUGAUGUAGUACCCUACGAAGAGCCAGAGCCCUGAGCUCUUCGGUAAUAUUAUGAUUCAGUACUGUCAGUCUGAUGCUUUUGUAGAUAUUGUAUCCGGGUCUUAUAAUCUGACAUUGUACGCUCCCUCCAGAGUGCCUGAAAUUCUAUGAAUAUUAUAAUUUGACAAAUUAUAUGCUCUUUAUUUUCUGGUUAAA